AUUGGAAAGCUGGAUGAGAUCGGUGUGAAGCGUCUAGAGCUGCGGUACGUCUACGUCCAUUCUCCCGCCCAAUGUGAUGUGGAACCAGGACCACUACGCCGGCUUGGACAACUUUAAGAUCCAGGUUGUUCAGUCGCACAAUCAGUUCCGCGUGUCGCACGGCUGUCCGAGGCUGAACCUGGCCGACGAUUUGAACAACAACGCACAGGACUGGGCGAACACUCUGGCAGACAGGGGUUAUCUGCAAUACAGCGAGACGCCAGGCAUUGGGGAGAAUGUGGUGAUUGUGGACCGAAAUGGCCGUGACGUAACUGGCUCUGACGUCACAAAGCAAUGGUAUGAGGAAAGAAGCAAGUACGACUAUAAAAAUCCAAGAUGGCGUAGAGGUGUCAACAACUUUACUCAGCUUAUCUGGAAGUCUACAUCAGAAAUUGGCGUUGGGGUUUCUAAGUUACGCGAUUCAGACAAAUAUGUGGUAGUAACUCAGUACCGGCCCCCGGGAAAUAACAACAUGCCCGGGGAAUUUAAGAAAAAUGUCUUACCCCCUCACGAGACCAGCCAGCAGCACGUGUGUAACUGAUGGGAUGUGACCGAUGUCUUGUCUUUUGAGUAUUAUGGACGGCGCCAUCAGACGAGGUCCUACUACAUUUGUUCCUGUAAGCCCAACUUUCAUCAGUCAAUGGCUUUGCUACUAGUGGUGCCACCUAUCUGGCUUAGCGGGAGAUAACUCGUCGCCUGCAAAUCAUGGGCCCAGGUGAUGAGUGCCGAUAAAAACAACUGACAGCAAAAGGUUUAAUUUUCCGAGCGACGCUGUGAUCAAUACAUCGUAACUGUACCUGUACGUCGUCUUGCAUGAAGGCCUGGCGGCAGGUGUCGACUGUGAUAAAGACACCAUUGCUAACGGGCCGUGAUCGAUGUUAACACCGCCUUACUCAGAUUAAGCUUUAACUUCGUGUCAGAUAUUUCAACUUGUAUGCUUGUGUGGCGGUUAGUUUAUUCCACGUCAGCUCUGAGCACAUAGCUGGUUGUUACAUGUAAUGUACAUAGACACGUCCCAUGCUGUUAAUGAGAUGUUCUAAUCUUGGGUCCAGUCGUCAGUCAAAGAAAAACACAAUGUCUGAAACUGGUUUGCAAAUAGUUUUUUGUUUCUGAUCUCUCGCCGUGAUCUAUGUGCAAUGGUUUUUCGAAUAAAGUUUCUCUAAAAUGUUGAAAUACAACGUCGAAACAAUAUGCUGAUAAACAGCGCCAAAACAGCACGAAAACAUCGUCAGACAGUAUGCUGUGAUUUGGUACUCAAUGAAAAGAGCUGCACAGCGAGUUAGUUUUAUAACAUUGGCCAUGAAUGUUUAGGAUUUUGUAAACCAGAUUACGAGCACGUUCAAUUGUCUCUCUUUUCAUAUCAGAGUUCGGUAACAGGUUGCUCACUCACACUCGUGUCGUUCUGGAGUUUUGGCAUGACAGCAAUACUUCGUGGUAAUCUCUCCACGACAUGAAUGCAACAGUUACGAAGAUUAAGCAAUAUUCAAUCCUGAAUUUGUAAACGGUAA